CGCUACAGGUAGCAGGUAAGUCCAUCUCAUUUCUGGUGGACACGGGGGCUACCUAUUCGGUCCUGCCUACUUAUUCCGGGCCAGUUUCUCCUUCCCAGAUCUCGGUCAUGGGUAUUGAUGGCAAACCAUCCUUCCCACUCCAGACAGGUCCACUCCCAUGUCAUAUCGAAGGACUCCCUUUUACUCAUUCUUUCUUACUCAUACCAUCCUGCCCAGUUCCCUUGCUAGGCCGAGAUGUCCUUUUCCACUUAGGGGCCUCCCUCCAGCUGGUUAGACUUGACCCUAAGGUCCCCUCCUCCCAACUCCUGCUUCCUCUUCUUGGCCUGUCUCUAGAACCCUCCCCCUCCUAUCCCCCUCUUCCAAUCACACCAAACCCAAUCAAUCCCCAAGUCUGGGAUACUUCUAAGCCCAUAAUAGCAACACACCAUUCCCCCGUUCUCAUCCACCUAAAGAACCCCUCCAAAUUUCCAUCAAGGCCCCAAUUUCCCAUCUCUGAGACUCAACUUAGGGGCCUACAACCUAUUAUCACCAGACUCCUAAACCAGGGACUCCUUAUCCCCACUGACUCUCCCUGCAACACCCCCAUCCUGCCUGUCCGCAAGGCCUCUGGGGAUUAUCGCCUGGUCCAGGACCUCCGACUAAUCAAUGAGGCCAUAAUUCCUCUCCACCCAGUAGUCUGGAUCCCUAACUUUGCUCUCUUCGCUAAACCCUUAUAUCUAGCCGCUAAAGAAACCCCUCAAGGACCCCUCACCUCUCCUUCCGCCGUUCGACAGGCCUUUCUCACCCUCCAUAACGCUCUGAUAUCUUCUUCUCCCCUUUCUCUGCCCAAUCCAAACCGACCUUUUCACCUUUUUGUGGAUGAACGGGCCAGAAUAGCCACUGGACUCCUUGCCCAGCCUGUAGGGCCUUCCUACUGCCCCGUGGCUUACCUCUCCAAACAGCUAGACCCAACCAUUCGGGGAUGGCAACCAUGCCUUCGGGCCCUAGCAGCGGCAGCCGAACUGACCAAACAAACACUCAAACUGCCUCUGGCCCACCCACUAACCGUGUUUUCCUCCCACCGGCUGGUCGACCUUCUAGGCCACAAGUCUCUCUCCCUCCUGGGCCCCUCCCACAUCCAGGAGUUCCACCUACUCUUCAUUGAAAACCCUGCUAUCUCCCUCGACCUCCCCCCCACCCCCCGCCCUGCCUAA